AAAAGCACCAACACUCUCACUCUCUUUCCCGUUCCCUUCCGCCAUUAAAAUUCUUCUGAAAACCAGAAGCUUCAUCAUUGAGUUCUAUCGGUUUGUGCAAUUGAAAAGAAGUAUUAUCAACUUGAUUAACUUAAUUUUUGAUCGACGAUCACGAAGAUGAUGGUUAACAGUUGAACAUGGUGAUGAUACACGACUCAGUGGAUUCUCUUGUAAUUCGAAGAGGCAGUUGAUGAAAUAGACAAGCUACUUGGAGAGGAAUAUCAGGAUUUUCUUCGUGCUGUGCUUCAACUGACCCGUUCAGACGAGGAACACCAGUUUUCACAUACGAGGGCUUCUCAAUCUUUGCUCGGUCCCCUGAGAACUAUAAGAAGAUCGUAAUUUUUAUGUGAUCCCAUUUUGAUACUUAGUUGGUUAAGUCAAUACAUUUCGUCAGUGCUCCUAAGUUUGUUUUAUACAGUACAAACUAUGGGUAAUGGCAGAACUAUCGAAAUGGGGUCAUUAUUGCAAAGAAGAGAAGGGGUAUCUCGGGUCAAACUGUGCUUUUCAACACCAGGGUUUCCUGCUUUUACAGCACCAACUUCUGCACAGCCAGAAAACCACAACUUCUGAGCACGAACAUUCUAAAAAUUCGUAAGAGGAGAACAUGAGGAAAUAUGGUAGCUUACAUUCAGACGAACUUGGAGUGCGUUUGAUAUAACGUUGAUGCAAUGAUGAGCGGCGCAAUGAGGAAUGGUAAUAGUCUAAUAGAUGAAAGCAGAGCUGUUCAUAAAAUCAAAUCAGCAAAUCUGUUACUUUUGGCAAUACACCAGUCUGAUAGUAUGCAAGUGAGGUAGGUAUAGUGAGACACAGCUGCCAGUUACACCAUCCGAUAACUAGAAGAAGAAGCUUACUUACCUGCUUGAUUUUCGAAGGCAUUCCAGAAUUGAGGAGCAAUUGGUAAAUUAUUAGAUGCAAAAACAACAGAAUUAGGGAUCUCAGGGAAGUAACACAUCUUUCGUAGAAGUGUUGAAACGCUUACCAGGCUGUAACCCGAUGUUGCAGGUCGAGCUUCCUGAGCGUUGUUGUCAACUAGCAUUUAUAUUACACGUAAAACAUAGUAUAUGGUAUGGGUAAAAGUAUAUUCAAGUUUUCAAUCUAAACACAUUUUCAGACUUCAGCAUUUGGACUCCCUCCUGUUGCAUUCAUUUGUUUUUCCUGGCUACAUUAAAUUGGGCCUGUUCUCCCUGGAAAAAUAACAGUAAAUCUUAUCUCUAUCGCGUAAUGUUGCGCAUUUAUGAAAGUGACGCCCUUGGUUUGGUAACCAGAUAAAACCAUUAAAAAAAUUGUAAUGUUUUGUCUCCAUUUUCAUCCGCGAAAGUCCAUGUAACCUAAAACCAUUAAUGUUUGUUUGCGUGUAGACUGCCAACUCUAUAAUUUCAUUAGAAUACUAGCCACCUCAUCUGUUUAUUCUGUCUAUAGCUAUUGAUGAUGAUAUUAAUUUCAUUAGAAUACUAGCCACCUCGUCUGUUUAUUCUGAGUACGCUGAAUACUUUGCAUACACACACACAACACAUAUAUAUUGAUACUCCUGGUUCGAACACUCUUAUUCAUCAAAUCAUCUCUCUUUAUAGUAACACCACCAGUAAAGUAACAUAUUAUCAACACCACAUCAUAUAUAUGGGUUCUUCUGAUCAUGAUCACCACCAGGGAGAUAAGUACAGAUCUUACAUGUAUGGAGAUGAGCAUAAAGAUGUACAGUGGAGGCAUGGUGGUCCUCCUAUCUACGACCUCGUUAAUGAACUCUUUCAGCAAGGCCAAACAAACGUAUGGCCAGAGGGAUCUUUAGAGGAAACCGUACAGAACGCCAUUAAAACAUGGGAAAUGGAGCUUUCUCACAAAACUCGGCUACAGGACUUCAAAACUAUCAACCCAGAAAAAUUCAAGUUAUUUGUUAAUGGAAGAGAGGGAUUAUCAGGAGAAGAGGUCCUGAAAUUAGGGAGUUACAACGCUUUGCUGAAAACAUCUUUGCCUGAGGAAUUUCAAUACUACAAAGCUGAUGAAGAGAGCUUUGCAUCUUCUCAUGACAUAUUUAGAUCAGCGUUUCCUCGUGGUUUUGCUUGGGAAGUUAUUAAGGUCUACUCAGGGCCACCUCUAAUUGCUUUUAAGUUCAGACACUGGGGUUACAUGGAAGGUCCUUUCAAAGGUCAUGCUCCCACUGGCCACAAAGUCGAGUUUUAUGGCUUGGGUGUUCUCAAGGUAGAUGAAACUUUAAGAGCUGAAGAUGUGGAGAUCUAUUAUGACCCUGGGGAGCUUUUUGGAGGUCUACUCAAAGGACCCAAAAUAGAUUCUUCAAAUUUAUCCCAAGAAGAACAUGAAAAGACUACUCCAUCCACCAAUGCUCAAGGAUGCCCUUUCUACAAGGAGGAUUGAAUUGUACAACCCCAUAUAAGUUGUGGUUCUGAUAUUUAAAUUUGCAAUAAUCAUGUCCGACUCCUUUGUGAUUAUGUUUGUUUUAGAAGUAUAAUGUUAUAUAUGUUUGAGAUA